AUGGAAGUCCUUUUCCAGUUUCUGUUCUCUCCACUACCCACUCCUGCCCUGGUCUUCCUCUUUAGUCUGGGCACUGCUGCUCUUGUGUAUCUCAACACCAGACCCAAACCUCUGCAACCACCCUUAGACCUCAACCGCCAGACCAUAGGAAUCAGGGAUGGUGCCAGAAAGAGUGCCCUCGUGAAAGAUAACAAUCUGGUAUCCUACUUCUAUGAAGACGCCAAAACACUCUAUGAGGUCUUCCAAAGAGGAUUACACGUCUCAGGAAACGGGCCAUGCUUGGGCUACAGGAGACCAGGACAACCCUACCAGUGGCUAAAAUACAAACAGGUUUCAGACCGGGCCGAACACCUGGGUUCUGGUCUGCUGCACAGAGGACUUAAGCCAUCGUCGGAUCAGUUCAUCGGCAUCUUUGCCCAAAACCGGCCAGAGUGGAUUAUAGCUGAACAGGCUUGCUACACCUAUUCCAUGGUGGCGGUUCCUCUGUACGACACGCUGGGUCCUGAAGCCCUGGUCUUCAUCAUUAACAGAGCGGACAUUUCCACAGUGCUGUGCGAUAAACCACAGAAAGCUGAGAUCCUGCUUUCUAACAGUGAGAAAGGUCUGACUUCUGUGCUGAAGACUAUCAUUCUGAUGGACCCCUUUGACAACAGCCUGACUGAACGCGGAGCUAAGUGUGGGGUGGAAGUCCUCUCCAUGAAAGAGGUGGAGGCCUUGGGGAAAGACAACCUGCGGAAGCCAGUUCCACCAAAACCAGAAGACCUGAGCACCGUGUGUUUUACCAGCGGAACCACUGGUGACCCAAAGGGAGCCAUGCUGACUCAUGAAAAUGUGGUUUCAGAUGCUGCUGGAGUGCUUAAAAUCCUAGAGAGCACCUUUUCUCCUGUCCCCGAUGACACAUCUAUCUCUUUUUUACCUCUGGCUCACAUGUUUGAGAGGGUAGUUCAGACGGUGAUAUAUGGUGCUGGGGCCAAAGUGGGCUUUUUCCAGGGAGAUAUUAAACUUCUGCCAGAUGACAUGAAAACCCUUCAGCCAACGGUUUUCCCGGUGGUUCCACGUCUUCUCAAUCGUGUCUAUGACAAGGUCCAGAGUGGAGCCCAGACUCCCUUUAAAAAAUGGCUGCUGAACUUUGCCAUUGAAAGGAAACAUGCAGAGAUUAAACAGGGCAUCAUCAGAAACAACAGCAUAUGGGACAAACUCAUCUUCCAUAAAGUGCAGGAGUCACUGGGGGGUCGUGUUAGGGUGAUGGUGACAGGAGCCGCUCCCAUCUCCCCGUCUGUGUUGAGCUUCCUCCGGGCAUGCCUGGGGUGUCAGAUCUUUGAGGGAUAUGGUCAAACAGAGAGCACCGCUGGAUGCACUUUCUCUGUGCCUGGGGAUUGGACAGCCGGCCAUGUUGGCAUCCCUGUUUCGUGUAACGUGGUGAAACUGGUUGACGUUGAGGACAUGAAUUACUUUGCUUCCAAUGGCGAAGGGGAGGUUUGUAUCAAAGGGAAGAACGUGUUCCGGGGAUAUCUGAAGGACCCAGAGAGAACUGCAGAGGCACUGGACAAAGACGGAUGGUUGCACACUGGAGACAUUGGCAAAUGGCUACCGAGUGGAGUUUUGAAGAUCAUCGACAGAAAGAAGAACAUAUUCAAACUGGCUCAGGGCGAGUACAUCGCCCCGGAGAAGAUUGAAAACGUUUACGUGCGGAGUGGUCCCGUGGCCCAGGUGUUUGUACAUGGAGACAGUUUACAGUCCUGUCUGGUAGGUAUCGUGGUGCCCGACGCUGAAGUCCUGCCUGGAUUUGCCGAGAAUCUGGGGGUCAAAGGAUCUCUGGAAGAGCUCUGUAAAAAUCAACAAAUAAAGAAAGCCAUCUUAUCUGACCUCAUCAAACUUGGCCGUGAGGCGGGGCUAAAAUCGUUUGAACAGGUGAAGGAUCUAUACCUGCACGCUGAUCCGUUUACUGUGGAGAACGGCCUUCUCACUCCAACGCUGAAAGCCAAAAGAGCUGACCUCACCAAAUUCUUCAAAGCCCAAAUCGACAGCCUGUACGCGAACCUUCAGUGA